AUGGAGUCCAAGAUGAAAGCCGUGCACUAUGAGGGCCCCUAUAAGGUCUCGGUCAAGGAGAUCGAACGGCCCAAGAUCCAGCAUCCUGAUGACUGCAUUAUCAGAGUAACAACUGCCGCUAUCUGUGGCUCCGACUUGCAUAUGUACCAAGGCCGCACCGCCGCCCAGAACGGACUCGUCUUCGGUCACGAGAACAUGGGAAUAGUAACCGAAGUUGGCCCUGGCGUGACUCUGCUCAAGGAAGGCGACCGCGUUGUUCUUCCCUUUAAUGUUGCGGAUGGCCGCUGCCGCAACUGCGAAGAAGGGCGCACUGCUUUCUGCACCGGCGUCAACCCCGGUUUCGCCGGGGGCGCCUACGGCUAUGUGGCCAUGGGGCCAUACCAGGGCGGCCAAGCACAGUACUUGCGGGUGCCUUACGCAGAUUUCAAUGCGCUGACGCUGCCGCCUGGGAUAGAACACGAGCAGGAUUUUGCGCUGCUGGCGGACAUCUUUCCGACCGGAUGGCAUGGACUUGUGCUCGCGGGUUUCCAGGCAGGAGAGAGUGUUGCUGUCUUUGGAGCAGGACCUGUGGGAUUGAUGGCGGCAUACAGCGGCAUCAUUAGGGGAGCCAGUAGGGUGUUUGUCGUCGAUCAAGUCGCAGAACGGUUGGAGGCAGCGAAAAAGAUCGGCUGCACGCCAAUCAACUUCCGGGAUGGAGAUCCGGUCGAGCAGAUCAUCGAGGCAAACGGCGGUAUGGUGGACCGCGCCGUAGACGCUGUUGGAUACCAGGCUGUUGAUGCGAGCGGAAGCAAGGAGAAGCCGAACAUCGUGCUCGACCAGCUCAUCGAGGUCACGAGGCCGACAGGCGGUCUAGGGAUUCCAGGGCUUUACGUCCCGAGUGACCCUGGCGCACCGGAUGCGCAGAGCGGUAAGGGGCAAAUUUUGAUAUCGUUCGGGAAACUGUUUGAAAAGGGUCUUUCUCUCGGAACCGGGCAGUGUAACGUCAAGACAUACAACCGCUACUUGCGAGAUCUCAUCAUUUCCGGCAGGGCGAAGCCCUCCUUUGUCGUGUCUCAUGAGGUCACGCUCGAAGAGGCGGAAGACGCGUACGACAAGUUUGACAAGCGGAUAGAUGGGUAUACGAAGGUUUUGAUACAUCCAAAUGGACCUUUGUGA